AUGGAGAGGGAUGGACUGAAGUGCCGGAACUCCUGUACUGAAAGUGCCCGCCGCUACUUGUCACCAGAGCGCCUCGCUUCCGUGCGCCGCGAAGACCCCCGCAGCCGCACCACAUCCUCUAGCAGCAACUGUAGCGCCAAAAAGGAAGGCCGGGUGGAGCGGAGCCUGGGUCACUGCCUGGCAGAAAUGGGCGUGGUCGUAGUAGGCAUGGUCAAAUCUCAGGCUGCAGAGGGACCCUCAACUCAGGGACUGGAUCACGCGAAAGUGGCCGCAGUCAAAAUGCCUGGCUGGGCCAGAGGCCCGGAGGAGGGCCCCGAUACUUUUUUGUUGUUCUGUCCUGACAGUAAAACCAAAGAAGCUAUCUUCAGCGUGGAGGAGGGCUCCGUGAAAAUGUUCCUGAGGGGCCGUCCUGUGCCCAUGCUGAUCCCGGAUGAGCUGGCGCCCACCUACAGCCUGGACACUCGCUCAGAGCUGCCUUCCUGCAGACUCAAGCUGGACUGGGUCUAUGGCUACCGUGGCCGAGACUGCCGUGCCAACCUUUACCUGCUGCCCACAGGGGAGAUAGUGUACUUCGUGGCCUCUGUGGCCGUACUCUACAGCGUGGAGGAACAGAGGCAGCGGCACUACCUGGGACACAACGAUGACAUCAAAUGCCUGGCUGUCCACCCUGAUAUGGUCACCAUUGCCACUGGACAGGUGGCAGGCACCACUAAGGAAGGGAAGCCACUGCCACCCCACGUGCGCAUCUGGGACUCAGUUUCCCUCUCCACCUUACACGUGCUGGGCCUGGGUGUAUUUGACAGAGCUGUGUGCUGUGUGGGCUUUUCCAAAUCGAAUGGGGGCAACCUACUCUGUGCAGUAGAUGAAUCCAACGAUCACGUGCUUUCCGUGUGGGACUGGACCAAGGAGGCCAAGGUGGUGGAUAGCAAGUGUUCCAAUGAUGCUGUGCUGGUGGCCACCUUCCACCCCACGGACCCCACCAUGCUCAUCACCUGCGGGAAAUCCCACAUCUACUUCUGGACCCUGGAGGGGGGCAGCCUGAGCAAGCGGCAGGGCCUCUUUGAGAAACAUGAGAAACCGAAGUAUGUGCUGUGUGUGACCUUCUUGGAGGGUGGCGAUGUGGUCACCGGGGACUCUGGAGGGAACCUCUAUGUCUGGGGCAAAGGUGGAAACCGCAUCACCCAGGUGGUGCCUGGUGCCCACGAUGGUGGCGUGUUUGGGCUCUGCGCCCUGCGGGACGGGACGCUGGUGUCCGGAGGUGGCCGCGAUCGGCGAGUGGUCUUCUGGGGCUCUGACUACAGCAAACUGCAGGAGGUGGAGGUUCCCGAGGACUUUGGCCCUGUGCGCACUGUGGCAGAGGGCCGGGGGGACACGCUGUAUGUGGGGACCACCCGCAACUGCAUCCUGCAGGGCUCUGUCCACACGGGCUUCUCGCUGCUCAUCCAGGGCCACGUGGAAGAGGUGUGGGGCCUGGCCACAUACCCCAGCGGGGCACAGUUUGUGACAUGCGGGCUGGAUAAACAGGUGCAUUUGUGGAGCGUGGAGUCCCACCAGCCCCUGUGGAGCAGGGUCAUUGAGGAUCCUGCCCGCUCUGCUGGCUUCCACCCCAGUGGCUCUGUCCUGGCUGUGGGCACAGUGACUGGCAGAUGGUUGCUGCUGGACACAGAGACCCAUGACCUGGUGGCUAUCCAUACAGAUGGCAAUGAACAGAUCUCAGUGGUCAGCUUCUCCCCAGACGGGGCGUACCUGGCGGUGGGCUCCCACGACAACUUGGUGUACGUGUACACGGUGGACCAAGGCGGCCGCAAGGUCAGCCGCCAGGGCAAGUGCUCGGGCCAUUCCAGUUUUAUCACCCACCUGGAUUGGGCCCAGGACAGCAGCUGCUUUGUCACCAACUCCGGGGACUAUGAGAUUCUGUACUGGGACCCAGCUACCUGUAAGCAGAUCACCAGUGCGGAUGCUGUGAGGAACAUGAAAUGGGCCACAGCUACUUGUGUCCUGGGAUUUGGGGUGUUUGGGAUCUGGUCUGAGGGAGCGGAUGGUACUGACAUCAACGCCGUGGCCCGCUCCUACGAUGGGAAGUUGCUGGCUUCAGCUGAUGAUUUUGGCAAAGUCCACCUGUUUAGCUACCCCUGUUGUCAGCCUCGAGCCCUCAGCCACAAAUACGGUGGACACAGCAGCCACGUGACGAAUGUGGCCUUCUUGUGGGAUGACAGCAUGGCCCUGACCACAGGGGGCAAGGACACCAGCAUACUGCAAUGGCGGGUGGUCUGAAGUGUCAGUGGAAGGGUCCCAGAGACAUGGGGCCAGGGUAGUCAGGUGGCAGGGCUGGAAUUCUAUUUUCGGGAGAUGUCUAUUGCCGAGUAGAGUAAUAUAUACCCAGAGUAUGUCUAUAGCAGAGAGGGUUAUGGGGGAGGGAGGGUGGACUGACAGAUAGAAGUC